AUGAAUACGAGAGCCCAAUUAGAUGAAGAAAUUGUAAGAAUGUUCUAUACCGGUGGUUUGCCCUUUAAUCUUGCUAGAAAUCCUCAUUAUCAUAAGGCUUUCACUUUUGCUGCAACUCACAAUAUUCCUGAUUAUGUUCCUCCUGGUUAUAAUAAAUUACGAACCACAUUGCGCCAACAAGAAAAAAAUAAUGUUGAGAAGCUAUUGCAACCGAUUAAAGCAACAUGGCAAGAAAAAGGGUUAACUAUUGUGUGUGAUGGUUGGAGUGAUCCAACAAGAAAGCCUCUCAUUAAUUUCAUGGGUACUUCUGGAAAUGGGCCUAUGUUUCUUAAAGCCGUGAAUUGUUGUGGUGAAGUUAAAGAUAAGUUUUUCAUUGCUAAUUUGAUGAAAGAAGUGAUUGAUGAGGUUGGUCAUCGAAAUGUGGUGCAGAUUAUUACUGACAAUGCAGCUAAUUGCAAGGGGCAGGAGAAAUUAUUGAGAGCAUUUGCCGAUACUCGUUUUGCUUCGAUCAUUGUGAUGCUUAAGAGGUUUAAACUCAUCAAGCAAGGACUUCAAGCAAUGGUCAUUAGUGAUGAAUAUAAUUCUUAUAGGGAGGAUGACAUGGUGAAAGCAAACUUUGUGAAAGAAAAGCUUGUGAGUGAUUAUUGGUGGGAUAAAAUAGCUUACAUCAUUGAUUUUACAAAGCUCAUCUAUGACAUGCUUAGAGUAUGUGACACUAAUAAGUCAUGUCUUCAUUUGGUAUAUGAGUUGUGGGAUUCCAUGAUUGAGAAAGUGAAGUGUGAAAUUUACAAGAAGGAAAAACGUCAUCUUUCAGACUUCAGUCCUUUUUAUCAUGUUGUUUAUGGGAUUCUUAUAGCUCAUUGGAUAAAGAGUUAUACUCCUCUUCAUUGCCUAGCUCAUUCACUAAAUCCAAGGUUUUAUAGUGAUGGUUGGCUAAGCGAGGAUUCUUGUAGAGUUGCUCCUCACAGAGAUGGUGAGAGAAUGAAAUAUUUUCGUAGGUUAUUUCCAAAUGAUAAUGAUUUCGACAAAGUCUUGGAUGAAUUUGCUUGUUUCUCACUUAAGCUCGAGCCUUUUGAAGACCUGAUGUCUCUUACAAAGAGGCAUUCUUCGGAUCCGAAAAGUUGGUGGGCUAACUUUGGUGCCGAAAUUUCAUUGCUCCAAUCUUUAGCUUUUAAAGUAUUUGGACAACCUACUUCAUCCUCUUGUUGUGAAAGAAAUUGGAGCACUUGUUAUUUUAUCCACUCACUUAGGAGGAAUAAGUUAAAUCCGAGUCGCGCCGAAGAUUUAGUUUACAUCCACUACAAUCUUCGUCUUUUAUCUAGGAGUUCUAGUCAAUAUGAGGAUGAGAAAACCAAGAUGUGGGAUGUUGGUGGAGAUGCUUUUGAUUCAUUGGGAGAUGUUAGAUAUUUAGAGUUUGACGAACUCUCGCUUGAUGAGCCGGAUUUAGAGAACCAGUUAAUCUCGGAAGAUAUUAACAAUUGCAACAUAGGUGAUAGGCAAAGAAUAGCCGAGUUUGCUGUGAUAUCUCUGUUUCUGCUUACAAAUGCAUUAACUGUGGCAUGCCAUAUGCACAUUGCUGAGCAGAAUGGUUGA